AAUAAGCUUUCAUAAAUUUAGACUCUUGGAGACAUGGUAUCUAUUAAGAGGGUACUCUAAGCACUGGAUGCCUCAAAAGCCUCGGAACACGAAACCGAUUCGUCGACAACAAGUAAUUCGGAAUUGAUUGACGAGGGCAAAUUAUGUCAAGAAAAAGCUUGUUAUUAUGAUUGGGGAAGAACGAACGCUACGAUCAAUCACACGGGCAGGAAUUUCUGGUUUCGGUCAGCUAGUCUUUGGACUGUUGAGGUCCCUCGAUAGGUACGCAGCUCCCUGCUAGUUGUACGGGGAACAACUAGUACUGCGGUGCUCAGGACACCUCCGCAAUCUCUAUUAUUCCACGGCUUCAGCGCGUGCCAGCCACUUCAGCCCUGGUGGCUCACAACCCCUCUAAUAUGUCUUUACCACUGGGGCUUUCUCUUAGCUCUAUCUCUUGCUUCCUCCUUUUGCUGUGCCUCCAGCUGCCUCGUGGCGUUGCUGCUGACAAGGCACAACAUGCUGCGAUCGGAGGCGGGUACAAGUACGGGCAAACAAUACCUGUGACUUGCUUGAAUCGGACAAUUGAUUCCGGAGAACAUAUCACGGACAACCUAGGCAAACUACAAUACAUCCCCUUCCACAUCUGCAGCGAGACCAAACAACCUCUCGCCUUGCGCUACGGAGUUUCUGAGACCGUCUCGUGCACUAUCGAUUCACUUUCGGAUACUUUCUACCACUUGCUGGAAUAUUACGUUCACUCGGACGCUCCGUUAACAUGUCGCGUGCCUACUGCUCCGCUCAAUCCCUCUACUGGCCACGGGGCCGACGACCAGGAAGAUGACGAGAAACGGCGCAAGGAUGCCCAAUCUGUGGAUGUUUUGGAUAAUGACGGCCCGUCCUACACGCCCUUGACCGUGGCGCUCCAGGGCACCCUCCAAAAGAGCCAUCUCCAUAUCUGGACGGAUAUGAAUGUGCUAGCCCAUAAGAUCAGCUCGAUAAUUGCGCCGUCGAGGAAAGAGGUGAGGACGGCGCCCGGGUACGUCGUCGCGGGAACAGCAUACUCUGUCCCUGAGUUCGAUGUCCAGGUCGACCAGAAGAAAGCAAGCAAGGAAGCCCGUGCUGCUGCUCUGAUCGAAAAUGCUCGUGAUCCCUGGUCUGCGGGCCACGGGACGAAGGUCGUUCGCGGUGAGCCGCUCACGUUCAGGUUCCACGUUAGCUGGGCUGAGGGCGGGGAAGGUAUUGGAUGGACUCUACUAUCGGCAUCUAAUGUUUCUUCCUCUUCCGACGGAGGGAACCUCUUCGUGAAGAUGUUUUUCUUCGUCAUGGCUGUUUCUGUGGGUGCUCUUGGAGCGCUGUACUGGGAGCGAAGCAUGGGUCGCGGACGACAAGGCUGGAAGGGAGAUGGCAUCCUAGGUCGACCUACUUCCCAUCCAAGGAAUCCUAGCGGCGUCGUCUACGGAGACGGAGGCAGGUCUAAUGGCUAUGGCGGUUAUGGACUUGGCAUCGCCAACGGCACUGGUACGAGCGGUGCAGGAUACGGCUAUGGCGGUUUCACGAGCGGGAAGAAGGAUUGAGAAUUCCAUGUAUCCAUGAUUCAUGGGAAAUACGGCUAGAUGGCGGCAUACUAUCCAUCCUUGGCGGUUUCUUCAGCGGUUUUUCGUUACAUGUAUAUCUGAUGUAUAGGAUCAUUUUAAAGCAUGAGCUUCGGCUUCUGGGAUAUAGGUUACGAUUUGAUGGUGGAUAAAAGAAAUAUAAAGGCA